AUGAACAAGGCUAAUGAUGAAAUCUUUACCGAUAAUUUCUUUGGACAAGUAAUCGUUGCAGCACCCAAUUCAAAUCAAAUUAUGUCUUCUACUCCGACCAAGAAUAGUGAUACAAUCACAGAUGAAAAUCAUUCGCCGACUCUCGUUGAAGAGUUCGGAUUUCCCAUGGAUGACUUAUUCAACAUGGCACGACAUUUUCUCAAAGAGAAGCAAGGUAGUAAAGCAAUUCAAUUGAAAUAUGCUGAUAACAUUCGAUUUGCUGCUUUAACCAAACAAGCAACGAUCGGUAAAUGGGACGCAUCAUAUACGCAAAAUGUUGGCCUGCUUGAUGUUGUUGGAAAUGAUCGAAAACAAGCAUGGAUUGCAUUAGGAGAUAUGUCGCAAGAUCGAGCAAAAGAAGAAUUUAUUAAAUUUUUAUUCGAACGAUGUCCGACGUUUCGACUUCAUUUAGAAGCACAUCAUGUUGAAAACGAAGAAAAAGAUCGAUUAAGAAAGGAAGAUGAAAUUCGUCGUUCAUUAGAACAAGAAGCUCAACAAGCCCGACAACACGAACUUGAACAAGUUUCACGUUUAGAAGAACAAAGAAAGAAACGAGAAGAAUUUCAACGAAAACAAAUUCAAGACGCUCUCAACCAGCAAACUUAUCCACAAUUUAAAGCUUACGCUGAGCAACAAUAUAGAGAUAAUCGACAAGCGCAAGACGAAUUAAUUCGUCAACUACAAGAGCAACACUUUCAGCAGUACAUGCAACAAGUUUAUCACCAACAAUUAAUUCAACAACAACAAACUAAGCCAACGAUGGAACAACAAUCAACUUCUGCAUCAGCAACGAAUGGUAACAAUAAAAUCGAUGAAACUAAACAUGACUCGUCCGCACCAUUACAAACUCAAUUCGAAUCUCUUUCUCUCAACACACCAUUACAACAACCCUCUAAUAAUGAUUUAAAUGGAACUCAAGAAUCCACUGAUGAUAAUGAUACGGAUAUAAACGCAGCAGCUGAAUUAGCAAUGAUUAAUGAUGAUGGUACACGUGAAUAUCCGGCAAUUGUACCUGCGAAUAUGUGGACACGUAAGGACAUGAAAGAAUUCAAAGAUGCUGUUCGUAAAGAAAAAGAUGCUGUCAUCAAAAUUGGCAGUGGAGAAACAGUUACUGUUCGUGUACCAACCCAUGAGGAUGGCCGUUGUAUAUUUUGGGAAUUCGCUACUGAUUAUUACGAUAUAGGUUUUGGCGUUUAUUUUGAAUGGAGUAAAGUUCAGUCGAAUACUGUCACUGUUCAUGUCAGUGAUUCAAGUGAAGAAGAAGACGAAGAAGGUGAAGAUGGAACUAAUCCUGAAAAGAAAGAUAUCGAAAAAGGUUCUUCGAGUAGUAAUAAACCUCCGAAACCGUAUCAAGAUGAAAUCGUUCCAAUCUUUCGUCGUGAAUCUCAUGAAGAAAUCUACGCUGGUAGUCAUCAAUACCCUGGUCAUGGCGUUUAUUUGCUUAAAUUUGAUAAUAGCUAUUCUUUAUGGCGUUCGAAAACUCUCUAUUACCGUGUUUAUUAUUCAAGAUAA